AUGUCAUUUGUUCCCAAGUGUACGGGCAUUGGCGUGUUGGAUGCCCAGGGAAACGGUUCUUCAGCUUCCGGUUGCAUCCAACAAAUUUACGACAUGUUGCUUGGUUACACGGAGAAGUUGGACAGUAAGUGGAAGUACGUUGAGAUCCGCCUUGCUGGUCUCUUCCAAAAAUUAGAGAAUUUCAAUAAAAAUUUAGAUGAUUUGAUAAAAUCAGCUGCUGUAGAUGUGACUAAACUUUCGAUGAAUCAUAUUCAAAAUUUUAUUCAGGGCUUUGGAGCAAGCACUUUUUUGAAUUGCUCCGCUCCAGCUCCGCUCCGGCAUAAAAAAAGUUUGCUCCGCUCCGUGCUCCGAGGCGGGAGUGUGUUUUAG